GAGGCUCGGCUCUGGGUGUCAACUGAGCGUACACUGUUGCAGUUAACCUUCAAAGACAGCAGCACAUUGACACUGGGGUUAGUGGGAGCUUGGAAGACGUUACCCCGAUAAUCUACAUCCUUCAGGGCCCACCACAGACAAUCAGAAUGGAAACACAAGGUGAAAAAACUCACACCUGUGGGACAAUUUGUCUGAAAUAUCUACUUUUUCUCUUCAAUAUUCUUUUCUGGGUGGCUGGAGGAGCCGUGCUGGCAGUGGGAGUGUGGACUCUGGUGGAAAAGAGCGACUACAUCAGUUUACUGAACUCCAACUUUUACUCAGCCUCAGCUUACAUCCUGAUAGCUGCUGGGGCCAUCGUGAUAGUGACCGGGAUAAUCGGAUGCUGUGCCACUCUGAAGGAGAUGAAGAGUCUUUUGAUUAUGUAUUUGGUCUUGUUGCUCUGCAUUUUCCUGCUGGAAAUCAUUGCUGGUGUGCUGGCCUACAUAACCUAUCAAGAGUGUUUCCCUCUCUGCUACCAGCUGGAUGACGAGCUCAGACAGAAUCUGAAGGUGACCAUGCAGCAGAAAUACCAGCAGCCAGGGGAGGAGAGCGUCACGCAGGCUGUGGACAAGCUUCAGCAGGAGUUUAAGUGUUGUGGCAGUAACAACUUCUCAGACUGGACAAACAGCACGUGGAUCCAAGCUGCAGACUAUAAGCGGCUGGUUCCUGAUAGCUGCUGUAAAACUCCCAGUGAACUCUGCGGCGACAGGGACCAUCCCUCCAACAUCUACAAGGUGGAGGGAGGCUGCAUCAUGAAAUUAGAGGAAUUCAUCCUGAGUCAGUUGUAUAUUCUUGGUGCAGUGGGUACUGGGAUUGCAUUUCUCCAGCUUGUGGGGAUGAUGUUUACUUGCUGCCUUUAUCAAAAUUUGAAAGAAGAUCCGUACUGAUGUCUGAUCAAAUAUGACAAAAUGUGUCACAUCAUGAAUUGUAAAAUGUUUGAUUAGAAAUUUGAAUGCCCCAAAAUAUUCACACAGUUCUGGAUGCUGUGAAGUUGUCACUAAAAAAUGAUGACAUGAUGAUUUUCAGAAUAGAAGCACUUCACACUGUAAUGCUGCUGGACAGCACUGUUCUUUUCCUGCUAAUUCUAAUGCAUUUAACGCUAACAAUGUGUGGAUGAAUGUGUUACGAAAGUUUUAUUUUCAUUUCAUUUUAUUUUCAUUUUUAAGUAUUUAAUGUUGCAAACAGUGUUGGCCUUAUUGUUUAUCUAUUCUGUUUCUUUGAGUGUAUUUCACACAGUGUUUACUAAAAGUUAUAAUUUAAAAAUGAACAUAGAAAUCAUUGUUUAUUUGU